CCCGUGUUGAAUGUUGUAUUUUUCGCUCGGAAACUUUUGCAACCAAUUUUGACAGCACGGAAAAUACGAUAAGGAUACAACCAGUGACUGUCUGAACCCAUUUGGUGAAAACUCCAAGCUGAAGUCAUGCCUUUUCCCAGGGGGAAGAAACCAAAUGUUACUGCUGGCAGUAAAAUACCCAAAUUACUUGGCAAAGGGAUGGAGAAUCAGGAGGAAGGCCCCCAGGUCAAGAGGUCGUCCUCCUCUCCCCAAGGAGCCCCUAAGAAGAGGACAGCCUUCGUAGACAUCACCAAUGCACACAAUGUUCACAUCAGCCUUCCAGGUACCAAGAAGAACUCCCUUAUUAAGAAGACGCAGAAGAAGAAGGCCACCACCACUGUGUCAGACAAGAAUGAAGCCAACCUUACAAAGUCUGAAUCAGUGAGCUCAGAGAGGGGGGAGGAGGAGACCCCAGCUGAAGAGCUUGUGGUGCAGGAGGCUGUUCCACCUAGAGAGUUGCCCCCCCACCUCCAGAGACCCCAGAUCCCUGAGGAGUUUGAUAUAGACACCCAGCACCAGGAUGACCCCACUCUGACUCCUCAGUACGCCAAGGAAAUAUUUGACUACCUCAAGGCCAGAGAGGAGAAGUUCAUCCUGUCUGACUAUAUGUCCAUCCAGCCCAGUCUGAACGCUGGGAUGAGGGCCAUCCUGGUGGACUGGCUGGUCGAGGUGCAGGAGAACUUUGAGCUGAACCAUGAGACUCUGUACCUGGCUGUGAAGGUGUUGGACCACUUCCUGUCCACUGCUCCGGUCAACAGAGAAAAUCUACAGCUUAUAGGCUCUACAGCCAUGCUCAUAGCAUCCAAGUUUGAGGAGCGCUGUCCGCCCUGUGUGGAUGACUUCCUGUACGUCUGUGAUGAUGCGUACAAGAGGGAGGAGGUUAUUGCUAUGGAGACGAGCAUCCUGCAGGCGCUGGGGUUCGACAUCAACAUCCCCGUCUCCUACCGCUUCCUCAGGCGAUAUGCCAAGUGUGUGAGUGCCAGUAUGGAAACUCUAACCCUGGCCCGGUAUGUGUGUGAGCUGAGUCUUCAGGAGAUGGAUCUGGUCCCAGAGAGAGGAUCAUUACUGGCCUCAGCCUGUCUGCUGCUGGCUCUAGUCACCAAGGAGCUGGGAGGAUGGUCCCCCAUCCUGGUUUUCCACUCUGGGUACGGUGUGUCAGAGCUGGUACCUGUUGUCCGGAGGCUCCAUUCCAUGCUCACCUCCCCGCCAGACGACAAACUCCUGGCCGUCCGGAGCAAGUACUCUCACAAGGUUUUCUUUGAAGUCGCGACAAUUCCGACGGUGGACCUGGAGACGUUGGAGAGGGCGUUGCAGUGACCCAGAGAAACUGGUUGGUGGGAGAAUAUGUACAUAUUCUAAGGAGACGCUGUGUAUAUAUAUUGUAAUAUUUAUAUAUAUAUCACUGUUAAUUUUUUAUAAUGAAGGGAUGGCAUCUGUUCUGUUUUAUAAUCAAGCGUAGAAUUCUUUAUUUUUUUCAGCAGCAAUGCUUUUUUUUUACUUGUUCAUGUUGUAUUUUGUAUCUGUUUUUACACUUUAAGAAAAAAACAUGUUUAAACAUUUUAUACAAGUGUUGUUUGAAGGGUAAUCUGAAAGUUGGAGGUAUUUUUGUGUAGUGAGAGGGAAAAAAGUAAAUUGAUUUACUGUUAAUAUCAUUGACCAUUUGAUGUUGUGUAACCCACGGUAACAGUGUUCUUUAUCGGUAUAAACGAUGGCUGUCUGUCGGAGUUAUCAAGGUUUUGCUCCAGCCCUGCUCCAAUAUACACACCACUUUAUUCUACUAAUCGGCCUCUCAUCAGGACCUUGAUUAGCGGAAGCAGGUGUGUUGGACUGGUGCUGGAACAGAAGCCUGCAUCCUACUCGUUACCUCUCCAGGUCUGUCUGCCUCCCAAAAUGGAUUUUAUGUUGUACAGUGUGUCUCAUGUAUAAAGUCUUUUAACAUUUUGAACAAAGAGGAUUUUACUGUUAUGCUAUUUUUAAAUGGCUCAGACCUCUGAAAAUUAAAUAAAUCCUGUUUUAUUGUUUAUAAAA